UUUGAUGUUAACGUUUUAUUUUGAAAAUCACGACAGGAUAUGGCUUUAGCUAUCUUAGCUAGCUUGCUAGCUGUACGGUUGUUCGCGCGGUAGCUGUCAGAUAGCGGAGACAGAGAGAACACCCACACGGGCUGCUUCGUCUUUCCAUACCGAACCCUUCCGUCGCUCGGCGCCUCUUCUCGGGCUUUUCACCGCUCCGACGGCCGGCUAGCUGCUGGGCGGACCUCAUAUUUUGCUGUUUGAGCCCCAAACUAAACGCUAAUUCUUUGAGUUGAUUGAAUGAGCAGAAGCGAGAGACAGGGCAGCGACAUGGCCACGACAACCUGUACGCGAUUCACGGACGAGUAUCAGCUAUACGAGGAGCUGGGGAAGGGAGCAUUUUCAGUGGUGCGCAGAUGUGUCAAGCUGUCGACAGGACAAGAGUACGCCGCCAAAAUAAUCAACACCAAAAAGUUAUCUGCAAGAGAUCACCAGAAGUUGGAGCGAGAGGCUCGGAUUUGUCGCCUUUUAAAACACCCCAACAUCGUCCGUCUUCAUGACAGCAUAUCAGAGGAGGGCUUCCACUACCUCCUGUUUGACUUGGUUACCGGAGGUGAACUGUUCGAGGACAUCGUAGCCAGAGAGUAUUACAGCGAGGCCGACGCCAGUCACUGUAUCCAUCAGAUUCUAGACAGUGUCCAUCACAUUCACCAGCAUGACAUAGUGCACAGGGACCUGAAGCCAGAGAAUCUCCUCCUUGCGAGCAAGUGCAAGAACGCUGCAGUGAAGCUUGCUGACUUUGGCCUGGCCAUCGAGGUGCAGGGGGAUCAGCAGGCCUGGUUUGGAUUUGCCGGCACACCAGGGUACCUUUCCCCCGAGGUACUGAGAAAGGAGGCGUAUGGCAAACCUGUGGACAUCUGGGCCUGCGGGGUGAUCCUCUACAUCCUGCUGGUGGGUUACCCUCCUUUCUGGGACGAGGACCAGCACAAGCUGUACCAGCAGAUCAAGGCUGGGGCUUAUGAUUUUCCCUCCCCAGAGUGGGACACCGUCACCCCAGAGGCAAAAAACCUGAUCAACCAGAUGCUGACGAUCAACCCAGCUAAGAGGAUCACAGCUCAGGAGGCGCUCAAGCACCCAUGGGUCUGCCAACGAUCCACUGUGGCGUCUAUGAUGCACAGGCAGGAGACUGUGGAGUGUCUGAAGAAAUUCAACGCCAGGAGGAAACUCAAGGGGGCCAUUCUUACUACCAUGCUGGUUUCUCGAAAUUUCUCAGUCGGCAGCAGGCAGACCACCGCUCCAGCCUCUGUGACAGCGGCCGCGGCAGCAGUGGCUGCAGCCGCCGGCACCACCGCAGGGCUGGUGGAACAAGCCAAGACCUUGCUCAACAAAAAGGCAGAUGUGAAGAAACGCAAGUCCAGCUCGACUGUCCAGUACAUGCCCCAGACAAACAGCACCAAAAACAGCAUAGUCACCAGCCCCAAAGGAAACGUCCCUUCACCUGCUCUGGAGCCUCAGACAACUGUCAUCCAUAAUCCAGCGGACGGGACUAAGGAGUCGUCGGACAGCAGCAACACCACCGUGGAGGACGAGGACGUGAAAGGAAAGAGCGUAGACAACUCGCUUAAGGGUCAGUCCAGCACCAGCUCCCAGCCCGACAGCUCCUCAGCAGCUGUCCACUCUGCUGCAAAGUUUACAGACCUGCUGGGCUCGGUGCGUCGGGGCUCUGGGCCCGUUCCCGACGGAGAAGGGAGAUCCAGCACUCCGCCUCCCGCCCCCUGCCCUGCACACCCCCCCGCCGUCCCCAUGCAGAUGUCCCGGCUCACAGACCUGGUAAGCGGCGUCCGCAGGGCUCCGCCAGCUCCCGCCGCCUCCGAAGGCGCGCCGGUGCCGAGCGCCACGCCCACUCUGUCAGUUGCACAAGCCACUCCCCCUCCUGCCUCUCACUCUCUCUCCAGCCCUCCCUUGUCUUCCUCUCAGACACGUAAACAAGAAAUCAUCAAGAUCACCGAGCAGCUGAUCGAGGCCAUCAACAACGGAGACUUUGACGCAUACGCUAAGAUCUGUGACCCCGGGCUGACCUCGUUCGAGCCGGAGGCGCUGGGAAACCUGGUGGAAGGAAUGGAUUUCCAUAGAUUCUACUUUGAAAACCUGUUGGCCAAGAACAACAAGCCCAUCCACACCACCAUCCUGAACCCUCACGUCCACCUGAUCGGCGAGGACGCCGCCUGCAUCGCUUACAUCCGCCUGACUCAGUUUGUGGACAACCAGGGUCGGCCGCGGUCCAGCCAGUCGGAGGAGACGCGCGUCUGGCAUCGCAGAGACAGCAAGUGGCAGAACAUCCACUUCCACUGCUCAGGCGCCCCAGCUGCGCCUCUCCAGUGAGGGUUAAACGCUUUAGUUGUGUCUGUCAGGAGUGAUGCUGGAGAGAGAAGAGGAGGAGGGAUGACAGGACACCACCUGUGUUGACUUGGGGGGCCGAGUGCCCUCCCCGUAGGCCCCCUGGUAUCCCCCCCACCACCACAACUGACCCCCGUCUCCCACAGCCGUCCCCCGCCGCCCGGCUUCUUCCUCUUCUCUCCAGCUCACCGGAUGUUUGAUUUGUGGUCGGAGGGGGAGGGCGGGGGUGUAACUCCUCCUUCCUGUGGUCCCCCCCCCCCCCCCCCGUUGUCCUCCUGUGAAUCCACACGUGUGACAUAAACACUGCACUGGACAUACAGUAUGUACAGUUUUAAGUAAAACCUAUAAUUAUCAUUAUUAUUGUUAUUAUUAUUAACCCUUUAAGACCCAACACAUUAAAUCAUAUUAAAAACACUCAUUUGUUAAAAUUUUAAACAUUUGAUUGGUAAUGAUAAUUAUUAACUUUCAUAUUAAACGUAUCAAGCAAUUCUAUAAUAACACAACAAUAAUUAUACUAAAUAAAAGUCCCACGUGACACUUGAGGACAUAAAUAAUCCCUGAGCAGAAACCCUUAAAAGGUUUAAGUCUGCAGAUUGUUUAGAAAUGUGUGUGUCGCAUACGAUACAGCGGGCCUUACAUUAAUAUUAAUAUUAUUAUUGUUGCACAUUUGUAAUUGUACAUGUCAUUUAUAUAAUUCAGAACCCUUGAUGCUAGUGGUUUUUAGAGUUGAAGGAAGUCUUUUUGUUUAAACUUUCUAAGGAAGCAUGUUUUAUCUCCCCUUAUUAACAGUGGUUGUUUAUUUUAUUUAUUUUUAGUUUAUUGUGAUUAUUAGGUGGAGAAGGAUGUUGAAAGUUUUGUAAUUAGCUUCUUGUUGGUUGGCUAUAACGCUGCACCUAAAUUCACAGACAAGUUUUUGUUUUAGCUCGUUUUUUUGUUUCUUUUUUGUCCAUUUUUGGAAUCGGUGUGUUAGGUGGGCGUUAUCUGAGAAUACGAAGUGUGUGCAUGUGUGUGUGCGUGCGUGUGUGUGUGUGAGGAUGUAGGCCAGACAUGCAGCGGUUGUUUUUCUCUUGCCGUUUUAUUCGUCACCUGCUGUUGUUUCCUCGUUGCAUUUUAAGCUGCAUUUAACUCAGCAGCGUCAAAACACAUAAUAUAUGAUAAUAAUAUAGAUUUUAUUUAUUUGCUCUGAUUUUACCCGUAAAAAUUAGAAAAUACUUUCGAUUAUUUUAGUUUUUAAAUUUCUUGACGGUUAAAUUAAAAUGAAGCGGCUGUAGUUUAUUUUUAUUACAAUACACAGCUUCACCAGUAGGUGUCAGUAAAGAGUAAAAGCACUGAAGCUUAAAGAGCAAGUCACCCCCUGCCAGAUUCUUACUCCGCUCCCACUUCUUGUUUGAAAAAUGCAACAAAUGCUGUUGCCUAGCAGACCGAGAGGGCGGAGCCGCUAACAAAUUCACACACACAGGCUCACAACGACAUUGUGACAUCAUAUGGUACCAGCUAACGUUCUAGAGUACCUCUUAGCCAAUAGCGAUGGCAGAUUUAAAUUCAACUGCAGUGCAGAGUUUUUACCUGACAACGGCACAACACUGACAGUUUUAGGCAGAAAGUUUAAAUUUUAACUAAAAUGCACUAAAGUGCUAAACUAUUGACUACACGUGUCUGCAGCACGAUUAGACACACAUUUAUAAAGUUUAUCAGGAAAAACAUGUUGAUUUGGGGGGUGACUUGCUCUUUAAACAGCGAAACUGAGCUUUGGUGAAAUCACACAUCUAAGUCAUUUAUUUUCAAAAAUAAAAUGAGCAUAGGAGCCUUUUCUGUGCAUCUGGACCAGUUUUUAAUUCAUUAUUUCAGAACAAAAAGAAUUUUAUGUUCCCAGUUAGAAGACUGUGAUUUUUGUCCCGUUUCCCCCGUUUGAGAACAGUUUUCUAAAACACACCGAGCCUUUUAGGCCUGACGAGUAUUACCUUGGGCUCACUGAAUUUUAUUAUUUUGGCGUCUGUGCCUCAAAACCGGCGAGGAUUCACCAUCGGUGGCUCCUGUUGUUGCUAGGAGACCCUCGCAAGGCUCUGGUUCAGAAAAUCUGAGGUAUUUUUAACCUGUUGGGAUCGCAGGGCCCUGACUAGAACAUGACAGCCUGUUUUGGUUGUUUUUUAAAUUGAAGCACUAGAUAUUAGAUUUCUGAAGCCAUAAGAGCAGCCGGCUGGAGGCAAGAGGCUCCUACUGAGGCCAGCAUCAGUUAUGAUCUGGGAAGGGUGUGUUUGCUUCGUAAUGUCUUGUACUCAAGUGUGUGUGUGUGUGUGUGUGUGUGUGUGUGUGUGUGUGUGUGUGUGUGUGUGUGUGUGUGUGUGUGUGUGUGUGUGUGUGUGUGUGUGUGUGUGUGUGUGUGUGUGUGUGCACUAACAUGUAAAUGUGUUGCUUUAGUUUCUCUACAAGCCCAAGAAGAGGUUUUAGAGUUUAAUUUGAGGUGCAAGGAGAGGGCUUAUUUUAUUUUUACUUUCCUAGAGGACUAAUGGGUCCCCUGCCUUCGCCGCAGGUCUUUGUUUUUGUUGUUUUUAUUAUUUGGUUAAAGUGUUAUCAGCCUUUCGUGGCAUUAAGUGCUUGUGCCAGGGGCGGCCGGGUGGAGCAGAUGGACUUUGCAGCACUGAUUUCUGAUCAGCUCCGCCGUACGCUGCUCAUCCACCGUUGGCUGCCUUCGCGUUCGUCUCGCCGUUUGGUCCGACCAAGAAACUCAGAGGGAGCCGGCAGUCGUUUCAGUGAACAGUCCUCAGGUUUCUAUUUAUUUUCAAUAUUUAUUUAUUUAUUUAGUGGAUUUAUUUUUUAAAUUGUGCUUUUAUUGUUUUUGAAUUCGUUGUCCUGUCGUACGACUCCAGGGACGUUGCGUGUCAUGUGACUGUUUUUUAAAGAUAGUUCAACUCAUUUUGAUUCUUUUGAGUCUUUUUUAUGUUUCGCUGAGUAGAGACGUCCACUUUCAACCGUUUUAACACAAAAGGUCGCGCUGAACGUGACCUCCAGCCCUCCCCAGAGCUAAAAGGAAGAAAUGGCAGCAUGUACAGUACAACGGUGUUGUUUUUUCUGUUCUUCUUAGUGCGUUUCUAUGAGAAUCAGUAUAAUAAGACUCACAUAUGUAAAACAAGGAGUACACAGUAUUACACAUCUGCUACUAGCAGCGUAGCCUCUGCAUGACCAUCAACAGGACUCUGGUUUUUCUGUGUUUUUUUUUGGGUUCAUUUCUACUGAAUGCUGGUAAACUCGACCUCUCUAUGCUUUUUAUGUGCACAUACUUAUUUUUGUCUCCAGAUGAUAUAAUGAAGAUGAUUAUUACGUUAUAGAUGAUUAUAUUCAUGACCGUGGCACUAAGGACGGCACUGAUGGUGAUGAAGAUGAUGUGUUGAUGAUCAUUUUGCAUGCUUUUCUGUGGGUUCUGUGUUGUCGGUGCAGAGGUCGUCUCCUGGAGAGGAAGAGCUCCAGCAGGGGGCGCAGUCGCACAAAGAGAAGCACAAACAGACUGAUGCUUUUAUCGCUGAAGUUCACAGCGGAUUCGUGUAGACUAGAGGGAGUGUAGCUUCUGGGAUGGGUCUGACCUGCUGUGACUUGAUGCAUCAGUUAGGUGAACCGGAGCCUCCGGGCUCGGUCUGAACUUCUGCCACCCUGACCCUCCAGCAGAGGCCAAGCUGCUCUGACAACACUGAGCUGGUUUCUCCUCUUUUUCCUGCUCCCUCUGUUUCCAACCUUCUUCAAUCAUUUCUCUGCUGUCGGCUCUUUUCUAGUUUCUCUUCGUCUCUUCGGGUUUCUUCUGUAUAAUAAUAUUAAUCCUCUGGUUCUCUGGUUCUUCGGGUUAUUGCUCCGUUCUCUUGCGUGCUACACGUGUUUCUCUUAACUUCAACAGAUGUGUUCAAGUGUUAUCAAUAAACUGAUCAUUUAAAUACAAA